AUGAGAGUGGAACUGAGGAAUAGCUGCAACGUGAGGGAGUAUCGUGAUGUCCAUGAGCUGAUUGAGAAAGCCGCAGAACAGGAAUCAGGGCUCGAGGAAGAACGAAAACAGAACCAGAACUCCCAGAACCGGGGUGCCAAACGGCCCCGGGAUGCACUGCCCGCGGCUGAGCCUGCCCCAUUAAGGCCCGCAUGUGAAAGGUGUGGACAAUUCCAUGCGGGGGAGUGCAGAGCAGGAGCAUGCUUCGCCUGCGGCGAGCGCGGCCAUAUGGCGAGGGAUUGCCCGAAGGAGAGACAGGCCAAACGCAGGUGCUGUCACCGCUGCGGCCAGGAGGGACAUCAGGCGUGGGAGUGCCCAACACACCAAAGAGGAAAUGCGGAAGGGACGCAACCCCAACAGCAGAGAGGGCAAGCCGCAGGGCCAAGAGCGUAA